GACGUUCUAUCUGGCGGUCCUCCUCCAACACUAUUUCAUUCAUCGUCACUCUGAGUCGCAUCGCCCACCAUGUCUUUCGACCGUCUUAGUUCUUUAGAAUCACAGCCUACUACCCUACGUCGCUCUGACGAUCCACAAUAUCGAGAUGACCCCGAGUUCUACCAACUCACGGAAAGUCUUUCAAAUCAGCUAUUCAGCCUAACCUCGAACAUUACCCGGCUAUCGGACCAGAUCGCGCUUCUAGGGACAAGGCGAGACACGGAGCGAGUCCGUGAACGAGUUCACAAUCUUUUAGAGCAGACUCGUUCAGGAUUUAAGGGAGUAGGAGAAGGUAUCAAGAAAGUGCAAGCAUGGGAGGAUGUUAAUCCUUCUCAAAAAUGGACACAGCAAAAGCUAUCUUCAGAAUUCAAGGCUACUCUGGAUGAGUUCCAAACCGUCCAGCGCCGGGCUUUGGAGAAGCAGCGUGCAUCUGCUGUCGCUGCCCGCACCGCCGUGGAAGAAGGUGAACAUCCAGCGGUUGAAGGAGCUACGCAAGACCAGCAACAGCUACUUCAGGAACAGCCUCGACUUGCGAACCAGGAUGAGGUGGACUUCCAGGAGUCUCUGAUUAUUGAGCGCGAAGCAGAAAUUCGCAAUAUCGAGCAAAGCGUUGGCGAACUCAAUGAGUUGUUCCGCGAUGUCGCCCACAUCGUGCACGAGCAAGGAGGCCAGCUCGAUAUAAUCAGCGAGAACGUUGAGAAUGUUACGAACGACACCCGGGGAGCUAAUGUUGAGCUUCGCAGUGCCAGCAGACAUCAAAAGAACGCCCGGAACAAGGCUUGCUGCCUCCUUGUCAUCAUGGCCGUCAUCCUAACGAUCAUUGUGCUGGCGGCUACUAUUGGAUAAGUCGAUCCAGUUACACUUUAUUGUUUCCAUCUAUCGGUCCUAGUCUACUUAUACUGUUCAUUAUGGCGGCUUUUGUUCACGAUAUCCUCUUAUAUGCAGUUCGAUGUAUUGUUAUGAACUAUCUAUUCCCUCUCAUGACUUGAUUUACGACCAGCUGGCGCAUGCGGAGUG